AUGUCCUUCAUUCUACACGCAUUGCUUAGCCCCGCCCCCUUUUCAGACACAAUUAGUGUAUACACCCGCAUGCGUGCGCCCACGUUGACGACAGUGUCUCUUUUCUUCACCAGCGAAAUGAACAGUCCGAGUGCACCACAUCUGGCAGGUCAUUACGUCGUCAACUGCAAGAAAGAAGGGGACCAGCACUACUCACUAGACCUUCGCACUCUGCAGCUGUGCCACUGCAAAGAAUACCCCGCUACAACCUUUCUGGCCCUAGCUCCACUAAUUUUGAGUGACAUUGAAGGAGUUCACAAGGUUUUGGAUGUGACUCAUCUCAACGGCAAGUUCUACGUGUUUUCUCCCAGGACGUUUGGCGAUCUACACAACUUCUUGAAAGAGCGACGACAGCUGAAGGAAGGACUCGCUGCGAGCAUCUUUAGGCAGAUAGUUCUUCUUGUGAGAGACGCCCACCGCAAGAAUGUGGUGCUCCGAGACUUGAAGCUGAAGAACUUUGUAUUUGAAGACCAGGAAAAUACAACGCUGAGGCUCCAUACUCUAGAUGAUGCCCACCUCCACAAUGGAUCGGACAUUCUGACUGACCGUCGCAGCUGCCCAGAAUACAUCUGCCCGGAGAUGCUCCUCCCUGGCAGCUACAGUGGACAGGCUCGUGACCUGUGGAGUCUGGGGGUCAUCCUGUACACACUGCUGGUCGGACACUACCCGUUUUUCGACACUAACCCGCGGAUGCUACUCACCAAGAUUUGCAGUGGUUACUACGCGGUACCGGAGAGUGUGUCUCGUCUUGGGAGGAAUGUAAUCAGCUCCCUGUUGGCCCAUGACCCUGCCAGGAGGGUGACUGCUGAAAUCCUUCUCCAUCACCCCUGGUUCGAGAAGGCCAGAGAUGAACCGUUGUACACAGCAUCCCUCGCAGACCAGUCGGUGGCCACCGCGCCGCUGUUCCCGGCACCCCUCGCAGACCAGACAGUGGCCACCGCGCCGUUGUUCCCGGCACCCCUCGCAGACCAGACAGUGGCCACCGCGCCGUUGUUCCUGGUACCCCUCACAAACCAGACAGUGGCCACCGUGCUGUUGUUCCCGGCACCCCUCACAGACCAGACAGUGGCCACCGCGCUGUUUUUCCCGGCACCCCUCACAAACCAGACAGUGGUCACUGCCACUCCACCAUAG